CGCCAUGUCGCCAGUCGUGGACCGUCGGCGUGCGCUGCAUUGGGUGUUCAAGGUUGGAGAUCUGGCCAAGACGCUCGAGUUCCUCUCCUCGGUGCUUGGCAUGCGGGUGCUGCGGCAUGAGGAGUUCGAAGAGGUCAGCCGUAGCCACACACAUGAUGCACGCGACAGGUGGACUCACUCGAGGUAUGGUACUGUGGGUGUGUGUGGACAGGGAUGUGAGGCAACCUGCAAUGGGCCGUAUGCUGGAGCAUGGUCAAAGACCAUGGUGAGAGAGAGAUAUCAUUGCAUGCGUGUGCAGAGGUAUGAGUGGCCGCCAUCUUUUUAUGCUGAUGUGAUGACAGGUUGGGUAUGGCUCAGAGAAGCAGUACUUCUGCUUCGAGAUCACCGCCAACUACGGCGUCACACAGUGGGCAACCAAACACACAGAUGAGAACUCGAGAACUCGCAAUCACCCAUUUGUCUGUGUGUCUGUGUGUUCGUCUGUGUGUGUUCGUCAGCUACGACAAGGGCAACGACAUGCGCUACAUCGGCCUUCGCUGUGUCAAGGAUGCUCCCACUCCCUGGGUGCCCUUCCAGUGGGUAAUGCCCACCCACACAAUAUCAUUGACUCACUCAUCCAUGAGGCAGGCAACCAUUGGGCUGCACUGUGUUGCGUUGCGUUGUGUGUCACAGAGCAAGAUGUCUGCUGAGGCGCAGCGGCUGGGCUAUGCCGUCAACGAGGCCGACGGAACCAUCACCGGCCCCGACAACUACUGCUACAAGCUCGUGCCCAUGGACCCCCAACACAAGAGGGCACAGAGGGGUAAACAGAUGGACGGCAGACACUCGAUGAAUGAAUGACCUGCGUGUGUGUGUCUGUGUGCGUGUGUCUUCCAGGAAGUGAUCCCGUGUUGAUGGUGUCGCUGAAUGUGAGUGACCUGGCCAAGUCGACGGCCUACUGGCGGGACCUCCUGCAGAUGGAACAAGUCGACAACCAACAACUGCCCGGUUCAGUCAGUCACCUCACCGCCUUUGAUGCCUUCGUGUGCGCAUUAAUGGCGCAUGUCUGUGGCUGUGUGGCUGUGGCUGUGGCUGCGGCUGUGUGUGCAGGCAGCACUUCGGGCAGCGUGUGUCUGCGUUUCCCGAACGACCACAUCUGUCUGGAGCUGGUGCAGCUGCCGCAGGGGCGGGAGGUCAGCAGCCGGCAGACACACACAUGAAUAUGCACACCACUGAAUAAGCGCCUUUAUUGGUUUGCUGUCUGAAUAGGUUGAGCACAAGGAGGCCUUUGGCCGCAUUGCCUUCACCACAUCAGGUAUGUGUGUGCUGAGCUGAUGUGAUGUGAUGUGGCCCUGGCCUCCUCACAUCACACGCUCCCAUUUCUGUCUGUCUGUCUGUCUGUCUCUGUGUGGUGGUCGAUAUCUCUAUCUCUUUGUGUGUGUGUCGGUCAUGCCAUGCAGUCGGCCCCCAGCCCAUUUUCGAGCGCGUCAAGGCCGCCGGGCACACCAUCAAGGUCGGCAAGUGACUCGAGUGACUUGAUCGAUCACGACCAGCCACAGCUGGCUGCAGGCUGAAACACACACACAUGUGUGUGUUUCUGUGUUCUCUUCAGAACGAGCCGAUCACUCUCAAAACGCCCGGCAAGGCCGACGUCGUCGUCACCAUACUAGAGGUCGACACACUUACAAAGACCUCACACCACACCUACUCACACCAACCGGGGCAUUCGAUCAUGUCUGUGUCUGUCUGUGUCUGUCUGUCUGUCUGUGGUGGUGGUGUGCUGUCACCUGUGUGGCAUCGCAGGACCCCGAUGGCUACGAGAUCUGUUUCGUCAACGAGGAGGGCUUCUACGACCUGUGCGAGGCCGUGCCGGGCGACGACUACGUCAACUAUGCCGAACGAGCCAAGCGUGUGGAUCAGAUGGACAAGUUCAACCAGCGGAUGCAGCGCAUAGAGGAGAAGAAGCGGCAGGAAAACGGACAGUGAACAAGGGAGAGCCGCGUGGGUGUGUGUGGUGUUGUUUAGUCGGUGGGAGUGUUCGCUCGUGUAAUGUCGUUUUUCCGUGUGUGUGUGAGUGAGUGAUGAGGUCUUGAGGUGCGCUGUGUGGAUCUGUGUGUGUGUGGUUGGGUGGUGCAUUAGUUUUCCUGAUUGCCGAAGGCAGCCAGGCCGCCCUCCUUGAUCAAUGUGGGUGUGCUGUGCGUGUGGACUAUGACUGUGUGGCGGUAGCGAACAUUCAUGGCCUUCCGACAGAUCCACACAGACGGACAUGGACGUGUCUCUCAUGCACCACAUCCGCUCCAUGCGUCCGCUUGACAGCCAUCCAUCCAUCCGUCCAUCCAUCCGUCCGCUUGA